AUGGUCAAGAUUUUGCUGACCAUUGGAUCUAACCCAGAAGAAAAUGUCCAAAAGUCACAAACUUUACUGAGUCUGAUGGCACAGUAUAGGGAGAAUACAUAUAAAGACAAAGGAAAGGGUGCCCAGGAAGAGGCUGAAUAUGUGAAAGGGAGGUUUAGAAUUUUAUUCAAAUUACUUGGACAGCUACAGGAAUUACAGCAGUCAGGAGAUCUUCAGGACCUGGCAAGUGAAUUGUGUGUGCUGGAGAAGAAGAUGACUAAGGAAAAUGUCAGCGGAGUUGGUGGAAGGUUUGAGUGGGUGGAUAGUCAGUUUGUGCGUGCUCUUCAAUCAGGCGACUGGCUGCUAAUUGACAAUGUUAACUUCUGCAGCCCCUCUGUCUUAGACCGCUUGAAUGCCCUACUGGAGCCUAAUGGGGUUCUCAGCAUCAAUGAAAGGGGGGUAUUAGAUGGGGAGGUACCCACCAUUGUCCCACACCCAGACUUCAGAUUGAUUCUUGCCAUGGAUCCCAAGCAUGGGGAGAUUUCCAGAGCUAUGAGGAACAGAGGGGUGGAGAUAUACAUUCUUGGAGAGGAGGAAGGGGUCUGUUAUGAUGACCAUGACAUCAAGACCAUGCUUCACGGUCUAGGCCUGGUGGGUAGAGUGCCCUGUGAUACCCUCAUGUCCAUCCACAUGGAGAUUAAAGAAAACACAUCCAGUUUUGACAGGCCAUCCAUCCUGAGUGUCCUGCAGGCAGCCUCACUGACUGUACAGAAUAUGGAGAGAGGGGUGGACCUGCAGGGGAGCCUGCUGUUAGCAUGUACUGAUGUGUAUGUCAGGUGUCAGAAGAACUUUGAAGAUAGACAGAGAGCCAGAGAUCUUAUUUCUGCUCAUGUCAUUGCCCUUGAUAUGCUAAAGAUAGAGCAAAGGGAGCAACGGUCAGCUCUGCUAGAGGCAGGA